AUGGUCUGGUCAGCCCCCAACAUCGGCUCCCGCCCUGUCGCCAUCCUGGGCGGUGGUGUCCUCGGCCGCCGCAUCGCCACUUCUUAUGUGGCUGCCGGUUUCAAUGUCCACAUCCGGGACCCUUUCCCUCAAGCUCGCGAGGAUGCCCUCAAGUACAUCGAUGAGAACAAGGAAGCUUACACGGCCUUCUGCCCCAGCGGCAAGCCCGCUCAGUAUGGCACCUACACUGCCUCCGAAGACAUUGAAAGCGCCGUAAAGGACGCGUGGCUCGUGAUCGAGGCCGUCCCCGAGAGAAUUGAACUCAAGAUCGACACCUUUGGCGAGCUCGAUCAGUAUGCGCCCAAGGACUGCAUCCUGGGCUCCAACUCGAGCAGCUUCAAGAGCUCGCUGAUGAUUGAGAAGGUCAGCGACGAGAGGAAGAAGCUGGUGUGCAAUGUGCACUACACGAUGCCGCCGACCGUCAGGACGGUGGAGCUGAUGACGGAUGGACACACGCAUCCGGAGAUCUUUCCGUUUCUGAGCGAGGUGUUGAGGAAGUGCGGUAUGCUUCCGGCCACGGCGAGGAAGGAGUCUACUGGCUUCAUCUUCAACCGCCUGUGGGCUGCCAUCAAGCGUGAGAUCCUCCUCAUCCUCGCCGAGGGUGUCUCUGACGCGGCCGAGAUCGACCGCCUCUGGGGUACCAUGUUCCAAACCUCGGUCAUGCCCUGCCAGGCUAUGGACCGCGUCGGCCUUGACACGGUCGCCUUCAUUGAGGACAACUACAUCAACGAGCGUUAUCUCGACGGCUAUUUGACGGUUGACUGGUUGCGCAGCAACUACAUCAGCCAAGGCAAGCUGGGUCUCAAGACCCCUGAGCAGGGCGGCUUGUAUCCUCCAAACACCGUGGCCGUCAACCCUUCUCUCAAGUCUGCUGUUGCCCAGUCUUCGGAGAAGCAGAUGCCCCCUAUCUUUAUGCUUGAUAUCCUCCGCCUCGACGCGCCCAACAAGCCUCCCAAAGCCUUGAUCACCGGCCUGCCCGCGCCCGACGGCAUCGAUGUCGACCAUUUUGCCGACCGUAUGUACUGGACCAACAUGGGCGCCAACGUCAACACUCGCGACGGCAGCCUGAUGUCCUCCCGCCUCGACGGCUCCGACAAGAAGGUUUUGCUUUCUGACGGCGUCCUGACCACGCCCAAGCAGUUGGUCCUCGUCAAGGACGCCGAGAAGGGCACUGAGAAGCUCUACUUCUGCGACCGCGAAGGCUGCUCCGUACACCGCUGCAACGUUGACGGCUCCGAGCACGAGGUCCUUGUCCAGAACCCCGGCAGCGCUAUUGAUGUCAAUGACUGGUGCAUUGGCAUCACGGUGGACCUGAAGAACCGCAAGUUCUACUGGACGCAAAAGGGCCCUUCCAAGUUCAACCUCGGCCGCAUCUUCCGCGCGAACAUCGACUUCCUCCCUGGAGAAACUGCUUCCAACCGCUCUGAUAUCGAGGUUGUGUUUGAAAAGCUGCCGGAGCCGAUUGAUCUCGAGAUUGAGUCCGAGACCGGUGUCCUGUACUGGACUGAUCGCGGUGAGCACCCGUGUGGUAACUCGCUUAACUGCGCCAAGGUAGUAGACGAGAAGAAGGAGGUCAAGAUCCUGGCGCGACACUUCCACGAGCCGAUUGGUCUGAAGCUUGACCUGCAACGGAAGCAGAUCUUUGUUAGUGAUCUUGGUGGUAGCAUUUACUCGGUGGAUGUCGAGACGGGCAAGAAGACGGUCGUUCAUCAGGACGAGGGGUCAUAUACUGGUAUUGUUACGCUUCCUGAGGCAUAA